AUGUGGGGAGUGUGCACUGGUCCAGGCACAAAGUCAUUCUCAAGCUGCCAGUCUAAGUCUCUCUACACGUACAACGUCAAUGAUAUCUGUAUCAUAAACCCAACGGAUUCCCAGAGUUUCUAUUUGGCUUCACAGUGGUGUCAAACUACUGAGUCCUAUUAUUACGAAUAUCCAAUCAUAGACUGCUUUGGCCCAUUGGUGCACGAAAAUUCAACAAUUGUGACUACAACAGAAUCUGCACAAUCAAGUACAACAGAACAGCUCAUACAAACUACAACAGAAUCUGCACAAUCAAGUACAACAGAACAGUUCAUACAAACUACAACAGAAUCUGCACAAUCAAGUACAAUGGAACAGCUCAUACAAACUACAACAGAAUCUGCACCAUCAAGUACAACAGAACAGCUCAUACAAACUACAACAGAAUCUGCACCAAGUACAACAGAACAGCUCAUACAAACUACAACAGAAUCUGCACCAUCAAGUACAACAGAACAGCUCAUACAAACUACAACAGAAUCUGCACCAUCAAGUACAACAGAACAGCUCAUACAAACUACAACAGAAUAUGCACCAUCAAGUACAAUAGAAAAGCUCAUACAAACUACAACAGAAUCUGCACCAUCAAGUACAACAGAACAGCUCAUACAAACUACAACAGAAUCUGCACAAUCAAGUACAACAGAACAGCUCAUACAAACUACAACAGAAUCUGCACCAUCAAGUACAACAGAACAGCUCAUACAAACUACAACAGAAUCUGCACAAUCAAGUACAACAGAACAGUUCAUACAAACUACAACUGAAUCUGCACAAUCAAGUACAACAGAACAGCUCAUACAAACUACAACAGAAUCUGCACAAUCAAGUACAACAGAACAGCUCAUACAAACUACAACAGAAUCUGCACAAUCAAGUACAACAGAACAGCUCAUACAAACUACAACAGAAUCUGCACCAUCAAGUACAACAGAACAGCUAAUACAAACUACAACUGAAUCUGCACAUUCAAGUACAACAGAACAGUUCAUACAAACUACAACUGAAUCUGCACAAUUAAGUACAACAGAACAGCUCAUACAAACUACAACAGAAUCUGCACCAUCAAGUACAACAGAACAGCUCAUACAAACUACAACUGAAUCUGCACCAGGUACAACAGAACAGCUCAUACAAACUACAACUGAAUCUGCACAAUCAAGUACAACAGAACAGCUCAUACAAACUACAACAGAAUCUGCACCAUCAAGUACAACAGAACAGCUCAUACAAACUACAACUGAAUCUGCACCAGGUACAACAGAACAGCUCAUACAAACUACAACAGAAUCUGCACAAUCAAGUACAACAGAACAGCUCAUACAAACUACAACUGAAUCUGCACAAUCAAGUACAACAGAACAGCUCAUACAAACUACAACUGAAUCUGCACCAGGUACAACAGAACAGCUCAUACAAACUACAACAGAAUCUGCACAAUCAAGUACAACAGAACAGCUCAUACAAACUACAACUGAAUCUGCACCAUCAAGUACAACAGAACAGCUCAUACAAACUACAACAGAAUCUGCACCAAGUACAACAGAACAGCUCAUACAAAUUACAACAGAAUCUGCACCAUCAAGUACAACAGAACAGCUCAUACAAACUACAACAGAAUCUGCCCCAAGUACAACAGAACAGCUCAUACAAACUACAACAGAAUCUGCACCAAGUCCAACAGAACAGCUCAUACAAACUACAACUGAAUCUGCACAAUUAAGUACAACAGAACAGCUCAUACAAACUACAACAGAAUCUGCACCAUCAAGUACAACAGAACAGCUCAUACAAACUACAACAGAAUCUGCACCAAGUACAACAGAACAGCUCAUACAAACUACAACAGAAUCUGCACCAUCAAGUACAAUAUAUACAACCGUGCUGCCAACAUCAGUUACAUCAGAGGCUUCUCUAGCCAGUACUACAGCUCUGCCAGCAGUGGUUACAAGCAGUACUACAGCGUUUUCAUUAAGCAGUGACACCGCAGCAGCCUACUCAGGUCUAACAACUACUUCUACUGUGUCUUCAAGUUCAGAUCCUGUUGUCACACAGCUGACAUCCACCAGUGUAUCACCUACCACUGUCAGCCCUGUAAAAUCCACCUUCGGUGUGAGCGAUCUGCAGUUGUGGGCGGAGCUAUCAUCUCUGAAUUUUUCAGAAGCUGAAGGACGUGAUCUCCUGGAGUCUCUGUGGCAAUAUAGUGCAUCCAGCAAGUUUCAACAGGAUGAAGAAGUGGUCCUAGGCUUAUAUAUUUUAGGAAACAUAACGGUUAAUUUCAUGCUGGCAAAUAUUAAGUUUACUGAGGACAACGUAAAGAAAGUUCUUUACAUUUCUGAUCAGCUUUUCAACUAUGCCUCCUCAAUUUAUGUACAGAAUAAACGGAAUGAAAUAGGUCCCCAGGUGUUGGAACUUCUUGAGAACAUUUUUGCAAACAUGAAUGUCACCACUCAGCCCUUUAAUGUCUCAUACCAGAAUAUAGAAUUUCAGCUUUUGGCCUCCUCCUGUAGUGAUAUAAAAAAGGAGACUAUUCUUGAGGCUGGCAUGGGGGCAACAAUAUCAUUGCCACCUAAAGAUACAAAUCAGGAUUUUCCUCCUGGUUGCCUUAUAAAUGUUUUGUCAAUGUCCUACAGACCACAAAAUACAAGUUUUCCCAAUCAAUAUGACAACAAAGUAAAAACAAUCAACACCUACUUGGCAAGUGAUAUAAUGACUAAAGUUAUUCUCCUGAAUAAUAAUAAAUACAGUUCUGCUUAUAUCAACAUGACUUUUAAAUGCACAAGUGGACUGUGUGACCAAACAGCCAUUUGUGUCUUUUGGGAUUUCCUUUUAAAUAAAUGGUCUUCUGAAGGAUGCACAACACAAGUCCAAAAUGGGGUCACACAAUGUUUUUGCAGUCAUCUUACUUCUUUCUCUGUCCUAAUGUCAAGCUCUAUACCAGAAGACACAAUGAAUGAUAAGGUCUUGGAUUAUAUAACUAAAAUUGGACUUGGCAUCUCCAUCCUCUCUCUUGUCAUUUGCAUUUCAUUACAAGGGAUUCUUCUCAGGCAUGCCAAAAACCCCAUGGCCUCAUACAGACACAUUGCACUACUGAAUAUGUCUCUUUUUCUACUACUAAGCAAUGUCUCAUUCAUAGCAUCAGAUUUUGUUACACCCAAAUUACAAGAAAUUCUGUGUCUUGUGUUUACCUUCUGCACACAUUUUUCCCUUGUAGCUUACUUCUGCUGGACUUUGGUUCAAAGCCUUUUUCUAGUUAGCCGGCUGGUGUUUGUUUUCCACCAUGUCACCAAAAAAGAAUUUGCCAGCCUUUCAGUUGUCUUAGGGUACAUUUGCCCCAUCGCAAUAGCUGUCACAACUUUCCUGGUUUACUCUCCAGCUAAUAUGUAUAGGAAGGAAAAUGCCUGUUUCUUGAAUAGUCAGUCGGGGGCUUCCAUGGCUUUCAUUGUCCCAACAAUUAUUGCUAUGGCUGUAAAUUUCCUUGCACUCGCUGUUGUCAUCAGUAAACUCCUCAGACCAUCUAUUUCUGAAAGUAAAAAUGAGGAUGAAGAAGUUGUUAAAAAACUGGUGAAAGCGGUGGUCUUCUGUACUCCCCAGUUUGGUCUGACAUGGGCCAUUGGGAUUCCCCUUCUCAGAGAUGGCGAGAAUUUGAUAGCACUACACUACUUGUUUGUAUUACUCAAUCCCCUUCAGGGCUUCUUCAUUCUACUGUUCGCUUGUCUCUUGGAUAAAAAGGUGAUGGAUCUGCUUAAGAAACGCUUGUGCAAGGUUUCUACAGUCAGCAGCACAGCAACAACAACGAGCACCUACUGAUCAGCCAAUGUCACGAGACCAAAAUAUUUCCUAGAGCAAAUAAUCUACACUCCAGCAACUGUCACAGAUAGCAGCGGAAGUAUCACAAAAUCAAUUGAUCCUCUUCACUCAACUUAUGUGCCUGGGAAGCUGAAUCCGGGACAGCUGUGGACCGCUUAAUGCUGGACGUUACAUACUGAAAAGGAUUUGCCAUAACCAGAUUUUAAAACAUAUUCAUAUACAAGCAGAUUUUAAAUAUUAGAAAAGAGUUUUUGGAUGUACAAUAAUUAUAUUUAUAGGACACGGAAUUAUCUUGGAAACAGAUUAUGCACUGUUCCACCUCUCAUCAAUUUCACAAAAUAGUUUAAAUCUGUACACCCAUAUCACAAUGCAUUUUGUUAGGUACGGUUCUUUAUAUUGUCAUACAAAGUCUAUGGUAAUGUAUCAUACGUUCUAAAUAAAUGCCAGAAAAUAUCAGCUUUCUAUUAAACAAACUCCUAUACCUGUGCACGACGCAUGUUUGUGUAGUGCUGGGGUUUAGCUCAUGGGGAAUAUAAAAAUAUAUCUUCAUAUUAGUGGAACCCAAAGUUAUUUUGUUUUUGCUUUGAGUUGCCCUUUGCAUAGUUUUUGAAAUGCAUGCGACUCCCCUAAUUUGUUCUUAUAUCACCAUGGUCAGUGAUGGACAAACUUUUUCCAAAAAUUAAAUAAAAAAAUCAGAAUUUUUCACAAAUACUUUUAUUCUAAGCCAGGAGUAUCCAAAACCUUUUAUUAUUAUUUAUAUGGAGGGCUGGUUACUAAUGGCAGGAUUGGCCGGAGGACACACUUCCUUACUCUCAUGCUUAUCCAAAACAAAAUGUCUCAAAAAAACUAAGAUCAUAAAUUUAGUAAAAAACAAAAUAACACAGGGAAAAAAUUGCUAUUAAAAAGAACUGAAAGUCAAUUUUUUUCAGUUUAGUUUCUCUUAGUAUUUAUUUGUGAAAAAGCAUAUCUAGGUAGGUUGCAUUACUGGGAGCUAUCUGGUGCUUGGUGGUUCAUACACAUGCCUCUUGUCGUUGGCUCACCAGAUGUGUUCAGCUAGCUCCCAGUAAUGCAUCACUGCUCUGCUGGAUAUAACUAUAUGUUUAAUUUUUUAAUUAAUUAAUCUUUUAAUUAAUUUUAUUCUUCUGGAUAUCCUACUCAAAUUUACAAAAUGUGGUACAAAUACAUUCUAAGUUAAUAUGAAUUGUAAUGCCAAUAUUUUAACAUUAAAUGUUUUUGUUUUUUAAAUGUUAUAUUAUUCUUCAAAUUCAGCAGAACAUAGAUUUGAGUUAUCUGAGUGCAAACUAAUGUCACAUUCCAGUUCUGAAGCUUCAAGCAGUAAAAUCUAACAUUCAAAUAUUCAUUCUUCUGUUUCACUUAGACACAACAAUGGAAUACAGUGUCAGAUUCUGUCACUUAAAGGGACAGCAAACACCUUGAGAUUGUUAUAUAUAAUGUUUAGUUCUGUGCAAUGAAACAACUCUGCAAUAUAUUUUCAUUGUUUAACUUAUUUUAUUUUUGAUCCUUAUGUUUAUAAUUAUUAAAUUACUCAAAAGGGUGCUGUAGUCCCUGUCUUGUUGAGAUACGCUUACUUACGUAUGUAUUUCUCUCUUUUUGUACAUUAAUAUCUUCAUUGUUUAUUGUGUCCCCUUUCAUGUGGGCUCACUCUGCUACAUAUAUGUCCCUAAUAGGCUUUUUCAGAUAACAACUGCCAAACAAUGCAGUUUAUACUAAAUUUAUGACCAUAGCUAGUCUUGUUGUCUGUGGACUAAAGCCCAGAUUGUCUCUUCCAAAUUAGGCAAAUUGUGGGUGUAGUUUUACUAUUGAAAACUAAUUACAAUAAAAAGGAUGUUGAUUUGUUUUAAAAACAAUAAGACUUGACUGAUCGUAUUCUAUAGCAACACAUCAGAAAUGACUUGUAAUUACAAUCUGGUUCCCUUUUAUGGUAGCUUAUUUUAAAGGGACACUGAACCCAAUUUUUUCUUUUGUGAUUCAGAUAGAGCAUGACAUUUUAAGCAACUAUCUAAUUUACUCCUAUUAUCAAAUGUUCUUUAUUCUCUUGGUAUCUUUAUUUGAAAUGCAAGAAUGUAAGUUUAGAUGCCAGCCCAUUUUUGGUGAACAACCUAGGUUGUCCUUGCUGAUUGGUGGAUAAAUUCAUCCACCAAUCAAAAACUGCUGUCCAGAGUCCUGAAUCAAGAAAAAAAGCAUAGAUGCCUUCUUUUUUUAUAUAAAGAUAGCAAGAGAACAAAGAAACAUUGAUAAUAGGAG